AUGUCCACCUCUACUCCCGAGGGUAGCCAGUCCAAGGCCAGAUCCACCGCAGGCGCAAAAGGAGCCAAUUACCACCGACAAUGCACCGGCGCCGCCCUGCGCACAGUCGAGGCUCACUCCACUCCACAACCUCUCACACUGUACGGCGCUGCCUUUUGUCCCUUUGUACAUCGAGUGUGGAUCGCACUUGAGGUAUUGGGCGUGCCGUAUAGGUAUAUUGAGGUGGACCCUUACGAGAAGCCGAAGAGUCUGCUGGAGGUUAAUCCCAAGGGACUGGUACCGAGCUUGAGGAUUGAGGGCAAGGAUGGUGAGAGUAGAGGAUUGGGGGAGAGCACAGUCAUCCUAGAGUACCUGCACGAGCGCUUCGUCGACUCUUCCCAGAGCAGCAGCAAUGGCAAGUCACUCCUCCCCUCGCUAUCCUCCGCUUCCUCCUCGUCCUCAUCAGAACAAGCAGUCUACCAGCGAGCACAACAUCGUCUCGUCUCACAUCACCUAAACGCCAAGCUCAUACCCGCCUUCUACCGUUUCCUCCAAGCCCAGGAGCCGGAAAAACAAGUCCAGUUCGGUGGAGAGUUUGUAGAUGAGAUUAGGUGGUUUCAGGAGAGGUUAGAGGAGGCGGAUAAAGUUAGCAAGGCGGAAGGAGGAGGAGGAGGAGGGGACUUUUUUGGAGGUGCAAAAGAAAUUGGCUGGACGGAUGUAAUGCUUGCCCCUUGGGCGUUUCGAGCAACGAAUGUCCUACAUCACUUCCGCUCCCUCUCCCUCUCCUCUCCCACCCUCUUCCCUCCCAAUUCCCGAUAUGAUCGCUGGACCCAAGCAGUCUUUUCCCAUCCGGCGUUCUUGGCGACUACUUCGACCGAGGAUCUUUACUUGGAUAGUUAUGCGAGAUAUGCAGAGAAUAGACCUAAUACGAGUCAGGUUGCAAAGGCCAUUAAUGAGGGACGUGAGUUCGGGACGGGGGACGGGGAUGGGGAUGAUGAGGAGAGAGGAGAGGGGAAGCGAAGGGUGGGAGUGGAGCAAUGCUGA